UUUGCCAUCAUCCUCCUCGACCAUGUAUUUGGACUCAAAUUUGAGAGCUGAAGUUUUGUCCUCAAUACUUGGACAAAUCGUUAAACCCUGUGACAAGAAAGGAUAUCUGACAACAGAAAAUAGUUUGUCUGUUGAUGACUUUCAUCUCUACACCAUCACUGGGAAACGACAGGCUUAUGUGACUGAACGUUUCAUUGAUGAGAAAAAUUUCUUUGACCCAAGUUAUGACUUCGACUUCACCAAUUUCUCCGACUCUGAGUGCCUGAGAGGUGAUGAGCCUUAUAAGCGCCCAAAAGGUUGGUACCGCAUGGCCUUGAAGGUAAAAGGUAAAUAUCCAGAUGGAGACACCUGGUUGGGCACAAACGGGUGGAGGAGUCGCUCUGUACCUGGAGAAUGGCCUGUUUCUUACCAUGGAACAAGCUUAGGUGGAGCCAAAGGCAUCAUCACAGCUCACUACAAAGCAGGUGAUAGAGCUACGUAUGGAAGAGGAAUCUACUCAACACCAGACAUACGUGUUGCUGAGGAAGAGUGCUAUGCCCAAACCUUCACAUCGAAGACGACGGGGAAAAGUUACAAAGUGAUCCUGCAAAAUCGAAUCAAUCCUGUUAAGAGAGAGAUUUGCCAAAGAUCUAACUACUGGCUCAUUCCUGUUCACAAAGGAGUGUCUGCUGAGGAGGAGAAACAGAUAGCAGAGAGCUCGAUUCGACCUUAUGGCAUCCUGAUUAAGGAAAUCAGUGACAACAAUGAAAGCAAUCACAAUGGAACUGGAUCACUUAAAGACAGAUGGAGGAGUUUCUCUGUAUCUGGAAGGCGGCCUGUGCCCUACUGAGGGACAAGCUUCGGUGGAGCAAACAGGAAAAUCUUUAUCUGGUGAUUUAUUGUACCAGUGCUC